UCCUAGGGCCAGUCCUGCGACCCGCUUCCGGUGGGGCAAGGGCGUCUCCACGACAGCCGGCCCCUUGCUCGCUCAGCACUGCAGGCACUGCCAGAUGCAGGCAGACCGACGAGUCCGAGGCGGCCACGGUCGCCGCGGCGGACACGACCGGCCCGGCGGGGACCGAGACCGCGAGCGGACAGGAGCCAUAGCGGUGGUGGAGAGAGGAGGCGGCGGGGACGGAGGCGGCCGCCGGGGCCGCGGUCGGGGCUUCCGGGGGGGCCGCGGAGGCCGAGGAGGCGGCGCCCACCGGGGCAGCCGCCGGGAACCGGGAGGCCGGGGCGCCGGGGCCAGAGGACCGGUUGAAGAUGACAGCGAUGCAGAGACCUAUGGAGAAGAGAAUGAUGAACAGGGAAAUUAUUCUAAAAGAAAGAUAGUCUCUAACUGGGAUCGAUAUCAAGAUACUGAAAAAGAGGGCAAUAAUGAAAGUGGAGAAUCCCAGAGGGGGACAGAUUUCAGUGUUCUUCUCAGCUCUGCAGGGGACUCCUUCUCACAGUUCCGGUUUGCUGAGGAGAAAGAGUGGUAUGGUGAAGCUUCGUGUUCAAAGCAGAAUUCAGCAUUUUACGUGGACUGUGAGUCAUUGGUUCAAGCCCUUCAAGAACUGCCUCUCUCACUCCGACUCAACGUCGCUGCUGAACUGGUCCAGACUGCCCUUCCUUUAGAGCUUCCUCAGGUGAAACCAAAGAGAAAGGAUGAAGGCAAGAGGCUAGGCGUGCAGCUGAAAGGGCCGCUGGGACCUGGAGGAAAGGGGUCUGUGCCCGAGCUGAAAUCAGCGGCUGCUGGCUGCCCCACGCCCUGGGGUAAAGACAGCCCAAGGCCAGGCCCUUCAGAGGGUUCCCAGAAACCCGCCUCCCCACUGCCGCCUGCAGCAGACCAUUUGGAAGAAGAGUUAGAUCUGCUGCUUAACUUAGAUGCGCCUGUAAAAGCAGAAGAUAACAUCUUACCAGACCACAUGCCCCAGGACCUGGAAUCUGAGAAAGAUGGGGAGGUGGUGGCCCAGGAAGAAAAAGUUCUUGCAAGACCAUCAUCUGUGACGGAAGAAAAGAAUGUGGAAUCUGUACAACCAAGCACAUCAAAAAAUGUUACUGAGGAAGAGCUUGAAGACUGGUUGGACAGCAUGAUUUCCUAACAAAAGGAAAAAAAGAGAAAGCAAAUGAAAAAAGUGCCUGAAGCCAACUUUGGUUGCCUUGUCAGGACGGGCCCAGGCUGCCCUUGAGCAGCGGGUUUACACGCAUGCCCACGCCGGCGCACUUCGUCAGGCUCACCGCACUAAACACCUACCUCUGUGUUUGACAACAUCCAAAUAAUACAUUUAAGAGGCUCAUUGCAUUUUUCUCUGGCUUAGUAGUGUAAGAUACUCAUUAAGGGCAGGAGAUGUUAUAGCGCUUGUUUACAGCCUUCUUCUGCUCAAUAUUUGUAUAAUAACAUAGCAAGAUCUGCUGCUGAAGGGAAUAGAGCAAGCAACAAGGCAUGCAUUUGGCCAAAAUAAACAAAUGCUGGUCUCUGGAGUUUU